GGAAAAGUUUUGUAGUUUAGCGUUAUGUCUCGGGAUUCUCUUGAGGGUGAAGUGACACGAAUACCAGUAUAUCGGCGUCUGUGAACCUUGAUACGCAUUUUGUUAGCAAAAGUACUGUAGUAAAGCAUCUGGGAAGAGUAUUAUUGCCUGUCCGCUAUUUGCUCUUUCCGUGGAAACUAACGUAGCGGUUGCGAUUUUGUAGUUUCGAAUAACCUGUACAUUUUAGGGAAUUCAAUAUUUAUGUUCAUAUACUGAUGAUAUAAAUUGUGCCUAGUAAGAUUACACUAUCCGAUUCUGAUGCAUUUUUUAAUGUAAUAGCUAUUUGAUGUGCAGUUUUGAGUUUUGCCCUUCUAUGUUUUCCGUGACAUACUGAUACACCGGACCGAUUGUUGGCUCUUCCCCUUUACUUGGUCUUCUUAAGGAAGCGAGGUUAAGUUUCAUUAUACCAGUCUGUAGUAAGAAAGGAUACAGCUUGUGUCUUGACCAGCCUGCCAUCAUGAAACUUGAUACUGCUGAAUUCAAGGCUCUGUUCUCCCCAGAGUUGACUACAUUAGCAUCCCUUUUUAAGAAAUAUGGAUAUGAGCUGCGGCUUGCAGGUGGAGCAGUGAGAGAUUUGCUUACGAAAAUUCAGCCAAAGGACUUGGACUUUGCAACAACAGCUACACCAGAUCAAAUGAAGGAAAUGUUCAGCGCAGAAGGAGUUCGCACGAUCAACACAAAGGGUGAGAAGCAUGGCACUGUCACUCCAAGGAUAAAUGAAAAGGAGAAUUUUGAGGUGACGACACUGCGAAUUGACGUGGUCACAGACGGCAGACAUGCUGAUGUGGAAUUCACCACUGAUUGGAAAUUAGAUGCCAGCAGAAGAGACUUGACCAUAAAUUCUAUGUUCCUUGGUCUGGACGGAACUUUGUAUGACUACUUUGGUGGCUACCAAGACAUUAUGAAGAGGAGGGUGGCUUUUGUUGGUGACCCUAACAGUAGAAUACAAGAGGAUUUUCUGAGAAUAUUGAGAUACUUCCGGUUUUAUGGUCGCAUUGCAGAGCAUGCAGAUUGCCAUGAUGACAGGACUCUGAAGGCUAUCAGGCUCAAUGCAGAUGGGCUUGGCAGGAUAUCAGGAGAACGUAUCUGGUCUGAACUGCGUAGGAUUCUGGAAGGAAACCUUGCAGGGGACCUGGUGAAAACUAUGCUGUCGCUAGGGUUAGGCCCACCCAUAGGGCUGCCAGUUGAUCCUGAUGUAGCCGAGUUUGACAGGGUGUGGAGUCAGCAGCGUGCUGAAUACCUGCACCCUGUGGCCCUGCUAGUUGCCUUGUUGAGAGUUCAGGAUGAGGUAAUGAAUUUCCAUUCACGUGUCAAGCUGUCAUCAUAUGAGAGAGAUCUCGGAUUCUUUGUCGUUGAGCAUCGUGGGGAUAAGCCUCAUGUGAAACCUCUGAGGCCAUACCAGCUGCUGGUUGUCAACAGUAAAGGGAAAACACGUGAUACAAAGGAAUGGGUAUGUGAGGUGCUCAAGUACAGGGGGGACAGUGCCCUGCUGAGUGAGUUUGAGCAGUGGAAUGUGCCCAGGUUUCCACUGAAUGGUAAUGUCCUGAAGGAAAGAGGUGUACCAGGGGGGAAGGCCUUGGGCCUGGUGGUCCAUAAUCUGAAACAGCGCUGGGUAGAGUGUGACUUCAACCUCAGCUCUGAAGAUCUGCUGCUGCUACUGCCAGAUGUCCUCAGUGAAUUGGGGGUAAAGGCCAACAGAUAGAAUGACAAAGUGUUUAUAGACAUGUUCUGCUCAGAUGCACAACACUGGAGAAAGAAAAUCAGCCACUAAAAACUUUAAACUCAUAAAUGGGUGAAUUUUGUUGUUUUGAUUUGUACUUGCUGGUACUGAAAGUGUAGUAGAAGUGGUUUUUGUUGAGUAGGGGCAAGGGUGGUAUUGUUGAUCAAAAAGGAAUCUGGAAGUGUGAUAUUGUUCAGAUAGGUUUACUUGUCCAGUUUUAUGAAACAGCCUUUUGGAUUUUGUUGUAAGAAACGGUUUAUGACUUACCCCUGUAUGCAGGUAAUAGUUGAUGUUCUACACUCCGAA